AGCAAUGGCACAGUCUGAGAUGAACAUGGCGCCGAUAAACAUCAGAAUUAAUCCUCUUGGAGGUGCUGUUAUUAUUUGCUUUGUUCUUGUAUUGUUUUUCUAUGUUUUCGGUCUACCAGACAUCUUCAGUCACAGGGAAGAACGUGUCAGUAUGAAGGAACUAUUGUCAGCAAGUGUUGUUCUUGCCAGACGCGGCGGAGAUCGUGUUCGUGAAAUUCGCCGAGGUGACACGUUGCAUGAAAAAGUGAAAGGUGAAACAAAAGAAGGUGCAAAGGAAUUAGUUUCACGAGGAGAUAUGGAAUCACACAAUGCCAUAUUUUAUGGUUUGGCCAAAGCGUUUCCUGGAUUAUAUGUUGUUUCUGAGGAACAUGAGAAGACACCAUUAGAUUUCUCGCGUAUCCCAGAGAUAGACUUACAUCUGAAGGAAGUGGAAAGUCAGGUAUUGUCGGACCAGUCUAUACCCAAAUCUGAGAUCACGGUCUGGAUAGAUCCUCUGGAUGCUACACAGGAGUACACAGAAAUGACAGACGCAGAUGGUUCAGACAUGUUACAUUUUGUGACAACUAUGGUGUGUGUAGCUGUGAAUGGACAACCAACAAUUGGAGUCAUACAUAAACCUUUUGUGAACAAUGACCAAGGAGAAACUACAUGGGCCUGGGUGGGAUAUGGUCACUCUGAUAACUUGAAGAAAGAGAGAACGAAGAGAACAGAGGAUGACCCACACCGAGUGAUUGUAUCACGAUCUCAUCAAGGAACAGUGACCGACACAGUAAAAGCAUCACUGGGAAAAGUUGAUGUAUCUUUAGCAGGGGGUGCAGGGUAUAAAACAUUAGAAGUUAUAAAAGGAAAUCAAGAUGCUUAUGUACAUACAACAUUGAUUAAAAAGUGGGACAUCUGUGCUGGAAAUGCGAUUCUAAGUUCUCUGGAUGGUAAAAUGACAACUUUAGAUGGCAAACAUAUAGAUUAUAAGUCUGGCGACCAAGCAAAGAAUGAAGGAGGAUUAUUGGCUACAACGUUUCAUCAUGAUUCUUAUUUAGAAAAAUUAGCUCAUUUAAAAGACGACGAAAAACAUUAAUUAGCAGUAACGUUUAGAUUUUUUGAUGCAUUUUAUUUCCUUGUUACUGGCAUUCAGUUUUAGAAGAUGAAUAAGCCACACUGAAUUUUCAAGAAUUACAAACACCUGUUUAAAUGUCACAGAAAUAAUGCCUUUUAUUCUAAUGUCAGAUUUUGCCACAAUAUUUUUUUUGAAAUAGUGAAUUUAUAUUGCUGAGCAUUUUGUAAAAAUCUUUAGGUAAUUUUGAUUCAGCCUGUUUUAAAUUAUAUAGCACAAAAGUACAUAGAAAAGUUUUGAACUAAUCCCCCACCAUGUGUAAUGCUGGUUUAGACAGAGUAGUUUUGAACUAACCUCUCAUCAUGUAUUCUACUAUACACUACAAGGAAUAGGCAGGCAGUGAAUUAUAACAUACACUUUUAAACCAUCAUUGAUAAUUGCUUUAUUCUAAAAAUAAAUUAACAUGUACAAAUAUGGUAAAAAGGUAAUAAUCAUUUAACUAGAUUUGGGAAACUGCCUGUUUAUUAGUAACCUUUUUUCCCCCAAUGUAAAGCUUCUUUAACACUUAAGAUUUGCUUUCUUGAAAGAUUUAAAUUUGAUCUGAACAGUCCCAACAGUACAGCGAUGUUGCCGGUAGAAAGGAUAUAAAAGAAGCAUGCAUAAUUCUUGUAAAGUUUACUAAAUAAUGUACAUGUAUAUACCAAAGAUUAUUUAUUAAGAUUUUGUGCACUUUGUAGUACAGUAUUUGCAGUCUAUGAAUAGUUGUUUUUUUGCAAUGUAUUUACUGUAUAUAAUCAAUAAGAAAUGUUCGGAGCACUUAGUGAAUUGUAAAAUAGAAAAAUUAUUGUCUUGUAACUUAGUCGAAAAUCAUGGGUGCUGUUUUUGGUUCGUCAAAAUCAUUUUUUAUUUCUGAUUUUUGCAUGAGAUUUUAUUUCAGUUUGGCAGUGAAUAUUUUGAUUACCUAUAUUGUUGGUUGAAAGGCUCAGGAGAAUUACAUUGAUUCUCUCCCUUUGUGUAUGUGGUAACAGCUGUGUUAAUUGUAAUUCCAUUGACAAGUGUUUAAUACAUUUACGGCAAAAUAAUCAUGGCAUGAUAUUGUUUUACAUAUUUAUGGUGCUGAAUUGUUGUAAUAAUUCAAGUAAAUCUAUUUUUUCAAAUAAUGUACAGAAUUUUUUAUCCUACGGCAAAAUUUUAUGAUACUAAGAUCUUUUGGAAAAAAAGAGUUCUGGCAUUUUUAGCUCAUCUGAUUUUUUGAAAAAAAAUGAUGAGUUAUUGUCAUCACUUGAGCGGUUGUCGGUGUCGGCGUCGGCGUCUGCGUCGGCGUUGCCUGGUUAAGUUUUAUGUUUAGGUCAGCUUUUCUCCUAAACUAUCAAAGCUAUUGCUUUGAAACUUGGAAUACUUGUUCACCAUCAUAAGCUGACCCUGUAUAGCAAGAAACAUAACUCCAUCUUGCUUUUUGCAAGAUUUAUGGCCCCUUUUGUACUUAGAAAAUAUCAGAUUUCUUGGUUAAGUUUUAUGUUUAGGUCAACUUUUCUCCUAAACUAUCAAAGCUAUUGCUUUGAAACUUGGAAUACUUGUUCACCAUCAUAAGCAGACCCUGUACAUCAAGAAACAUAACUCCAUCUUGCUUUUUGCAAGAUUUAUUGCCCCUUUUGGACUUAGAAAAUCAGUUUUCUUGGUUAAGUUUUAUGUUUAGGUCAGCUUUUAUCCUAAACUAUCAAAGCUAUUGUUUUAAAACUUGCAACACUUGUUCACCAUCAUAAGUUGACCCUGUAUAGCAAGAAACAUAACUCUGUCCUGCUUUUUGCAAGAUUUAUGGCCCCUUUUGGACUUAGAAAAUAUCAGAUUUCUUGGUUAAGUUUUAUGUUUAGGUCAACUUUUUCUCUUAAACUAUCAAAGCUAUUGCUUUGAAACUUGCAACACUUGUUCACCAUCAUAAGCUGACCCUGUACAGCAAGCAACAUAACUCCAUCCUGCUUUUUGCAAUAAUUAUUGCCCCUUUUGGACUUAGAAAAUCAUUUUCUUGGUUGAGUAUUAUGUUUAAGUCAACUUUUCUCAUAAACUAUCAAAGCUAUUGCUUUAAAACUUGCAACAGUUUUUCACCAUCACAAGUGGACACUGUACAUCAAGAAACAUAACUCUAUCCUGCUUUUUGCAAGAAUGAUGGCCCUUUUUAGACUUAGAAAAUCAUGGGUAGGACAAUAUUUCUAUUACACAAAAAAAUCAGAUGAGCGUCAGCACCCGCAAGGCGGUGCUCUUGUUUUCUGUGCAGCCUUCAUGCUAGAGCAGUUGUCAGAAGUGCUGCUUCAGUUAUGGAGGUAGUUUCAUCCAGUGACAAAUAAUUGGACAACUUUUUAUGUUUUUACUGAUUUACAUCAUUUGCCAGGUAGUAUCCACCUAUUAUUGAACUUCUGAAUGUUUAUGGUACAGCUUCUUUUUCAUUUUCUUUUGGGACUUUAGAUUGAUUUCUCUACAAAGUUAUCAAUAUAUGUAAUAUUAGAUUGUUGCUCAAUUUCGGUUGUUACUGUAAUUAAGGAUAUUAUUUGUAUUUAUUUAUAGCUUAAUUUUCAAAUAUUCUAAACUUCUUGUUUUUCAUUUGAAUCAAGAAACUGCUUGUUGUAUACUGUAGAGUCAUUUAACUCUCAGCAUACUAGCGGCAGUUGUAUCUGCCUUUGAGACCAGUGCAGAUCAAGAUCAGCCUGCACAUCCAUGCAGUCUGAUCAUGAUCUGCUCUGUUCGUUGUUCAGUCAGUAAGUCUUCAGUGAAUACCCCUAUGAGCUAUAAAUGGUAAUGUCCAAAUUGAAAGAUAAAGUAGUCCAUUUUAGAAACUUAGCAGGGUAAGAGUUAAUUUCAUGGGCAUGAAAAUUUCAUGGUUUUGGUCAAACUGGCUAUUUCAUGGGGAUAUGAAUUUGUGGAUUUCAGAUUUUAAAGAUAAGAUGAAGGGGAAUUUCACUUGUUCCAUGAGGCUUUUUUUGUAGACUGACACAAUUCUGAAAUCCAUGAAAAUCAUUGAUUUCACAUUAAUAUGGUUUUAGUGUAUGUUACAGACACAAAGUUCUUGUAUAUAAAUAUAUGUGAGUAUAACAUUUAUAAUGAGAAACAUUAAUGAAUCUAGUCCAUUCUCUAUUGUUAUGACAUGUUUGUUUUUCCGUGCAAGUUAUUCUCAAACUUCCUUCACCACUCAUCUUGUAUAGAUUGAGUUACAAGAACUGAGAAUAGUUGGACAUCUUGUCAGGAAACACAAAAAUUGUAAGUCAAAUAUUAAGAAUCUCGGAUUGUAAAUAAAAAUAGAGAUUAAAUGUAUUUUGAUACAAUUUGAAUUGUAUUCAAAGAGUUGUACUCAAAAGUUUCUUUAUAACAGUACUUGCCAAGAUGGAACUAAGCAUUCAUUUUCUUUUUAAUAUUAAAGUGUUUCAUAAAAGAGAAUGUUUAUAUAUAAUAAGAUGUACAGAUUCUCGCUUUUAAACAUUCCAGAUAUGAAGUUUUCAUUUACUUCCUGUUGAAAAGUUUUUUCAUUUCCAGAUGUUGAAAGACUGGAUAAGUUCUGGAUACAUGCAGUUUAUCCAAAGGGGAAAAAAUUAAGAAGCUAAUUAAAACACUGUUGCACUGUAAUGCUCAUGUACUGUUUUACAUAAACAAUUCAAUUUCACAGGUUAGUUUAAACUCAAUGGGCUAGUUUUGUGCAAAGCAGAUUUUUCUGAAAAGAAGUGAUAAAAUGGUAUUUACUUAGUUCUUAGACUUUUAACAUAUUUAUUUUCAUUGUACAUUUUUUGCAUGGCCAAUGUUUUCUAACUUAUGAUUCUUACACUGUUACUUUCUGUUUUUCUUUCGUACUUCAAUAUUCACUUAAGCAUAACCUGUUGCAACGAAUUUUAUUACCAUUGUUGAAAUGAUACCAUUUGUUUCUUAACCAUAAAUUAUUUAUUUCGCACUUCAAGUGAAGAGGAGGAGUAAAAAAAAAUUAUAUUGUUCAAAACUAUCACUACAGCUUGUUAUCAGAAUGAUGUUAUAAACAUUGAUGCAGGCAGUCACUCCUACAGCAGCUGUUUUGUCAGUUGUUUUAGGGAAAUUAAAUACACAUCAUGCAAGCUGUUAAGGACCAAAGAGAAAAUGAAAGCGUCAAAAACAUGUGUAUUUAUGAUUAAAUGAUGGAUGAUUUCAAUAGAAAAAUUAUAUAGACUGUAUAGUGGCACAGAUGCAUGCACUAACUGUAUACAUUCGUCAGUACAAGAGUUAUUGUUAACUGCUGUUGAAUAGGAUUUUUUUCUGUUGUUAUAAUUUCACUGUUUGCUCGAGAAAAUCCAUAUGUGCAUAGUUUAUUAUUCACUUUUCAUAGCAGAUACAAUUCUUGGAGAAAUUCAUUCUGUUAUGAAUUGGCUUGUCAGCUUGUUUUUGAAAAUUAAGAAAAAUAAAAACAUACCUAAUAUUUGUCCAGUCUGAAGUGUUCUCAGCCAUGCAAAAGGAAUAUUCUGUUCAGUGUAAUUUCUCCACAACAGAAAACGUUUUGUUCUGUUGGGUAAAUAUACAAGCUGUUACCCUUGUAUUCCUGAUUAAAUUAAUUCAUUUUACCCCGCCAGUUGUAAUUCAUCAAAGCUAAAAUGCUAACAAAGUAUCUUUUGUGCUGUGGAUUGGGUAAUUGAUUGUGAAUGAUUGAUCUGUGACUGUGAUUUUAUGUCUAGAGCUAGUGAAUGAUUAAUCUGUGAUUCUGGCUAUAUGUUUAGAGCCAGUGAAUGAUUAAUCCUAGACUGUGGCAAUAUGUCUAGAGCUAGUGAAUGAUUAACCCUAGACUGUGGCUAUAUGUCUAGAGCUAGUGAAUGAUUAAUCUGUGAUUCUGGCUAUAUGUUUAGAGCUAGUGAAUGAUUAAUCCUAGACUGUGGCAAUAUGUCUAGAGCUAGUGAAUGAUUAACCCUAGACUGUGGCUAUAUGUCUAGAGCUAGUGAAUGAUUAAUCCUAGACUGUGGCAAUAUGUCUAGAGCUAGUGAAUGAUUAACCCUAGACUGAGGCAAUAUGUCUAGAGCUAGUGAAUGGUUAAUCCUAGACUGGCAGGACUGACUGUAUGUCCAGAGCUGGUGAAUGAUUGAUCUUUGACUGUGUGUGUCCAGAACUAAACGAUUGAUCCUUGACUGUGGUAGUGUGUCCAGAGCUGGUGAGUCUUUAGAGUUGAAUUGUUCAGUUGUUAGAAUUUUGUCAUAGUGCAAUUGAGAUGUUAAUUUCGUAACUUUACAAACCAGUUGUUCUUUUUAUUUUUAUUUUCUGUGAUAUAUCUUUGUUUAUAUUGAACAAUUAUUUUGCUGUACUGGUAGUUUUAUCUACCAUCAGAGCUUGUAGUAUUUUAUUUUGCUUUGUUCCUUGUCCAUAUUUGAAUUUGAAACUAUGAAAUCAGCAAUUUUUCUGACUAUUGCAUAAUAACUUACUGUUUAUAGUCAUAGGGAGAAAAAAGACUUUAAGAAUCUCAUAUUGUAUGAAAUUAUGAUUUCGGCUUGUGUGAUGAUAGAUAGUGAUGUUUGUAUUACAUUAGAUUUAUUACUAUAUCACUACAGUAAGUGCAGUAAAAUCCUAAGGUGUUGUGAAAACCUAAAUCCAAACAUAUUGAAAUACUUCAUUUAAUUUCAAAUAUUGGCCCCUGUAACUAAUUACAAUUUUUACACUGAGUGAUUUUUUAACAUUGUAAAUGGAUAAUUUAUUUAUCACAUAAAUAUAUGAUUGUUAGUAGAAAUUCAACACAUUUAGUUUAAUAGAUAAAGCAGGUACAAUACAGUAAAACACUGAUCACUCAAAAUCGAAAGGGGACCAAGAAAAUACUUUAGUUAUACAAUGUCUCCAGUGAUCCAAAAAUAGAUUACUGGGGACCAGAUGUGUAGCUUCAACGGGCCGGGGUGCUCGAAGUAGCUAUGUUUCACUGUAUUUUAUAUUUCAACAGUUUUGUUGUUGUGUCCCACAUGUCUCCAGACUUCUGGAGGGCACUGUAGUUAUAUUCAUGGUUAAAACAUACAUGAGUGAAUUGCACUCUCUCUUUCAUAUUGUAAAUAUUCAUUUAUGAGUCAUUUUAACACAUCCAUUUACUUUGUGUUAUAUAUCAAAUGCAUUUAUUAUGAAAGUAUGAAAUCCAAAGUUUCUUCUUUUUAUACAUACACUAAGUGUUCUAUGAAAUUUUGUUAUAUGAUAGUGUGAUGUAUUAUACUCUGUUUUUGGAAUAAAUUUUUGGGUCAGAGAGUCUUAAUAGUUACCAAACUUUAAACAGUUUAUAUACUACAUGAAAACAAUAACAAUAAACAGACCAUAGCUUUAGGUUCUUGUUGAAUGAACUUAAAGUUUCAUUUGUAAAUAUGUUAAUGUUGGAAGAAUAAUUGCUUAUACUUUUCAUUAUGGGAAUAUCUACAUUAUAAUAAUGUAGUACUUGCACUCCACUAUGUACUAUACUAUACUUGCUGGUAUAUAGUCGGUACAAUCUAAAAUUGCACAAUUUUUGACCUGCAGUGUUUUUGUUAGUGUUUCUCAUGCAAGCUAGAUUUUUUUCUAGUUUAUACACAUGUGUCUUAAUAUCAUGUACAUGUUGAGUAACUAUGAAAUAAGUAUGGUGUAACUUUAUUUUCUUGCACUGUUAUGCAACACCAUGAAAUUUCAGAAAGCUUGCUCUGUGCAAUUUUAGAUGUACUGAGUAUAUGUAUGUGUAUUGAAAUAUUUAGCGUAGACAAUCUAGUUAGAGUUUUUGUUUUGAAAGCUUUGAAUUCACAAGUUACUACUAAAAUAGUAAGGGUUUUAUAGUUAGGUUAUAAAACAGUCUAACAAAACUAGAAAAUUGAAUGUUUUAGUCCAAGAGCUGUUGCACUCUUCUAUCGGCAGCUGUGUCAAGUUUUUGUUAAGCUAGUAUCUCAGCAUCCGCUGACUGGAAUGGAUGGAAACUUCGCACUCUUGUUCAGUGUGAUAAUCGACAUUUUAGUAUGCACUUACAAUAACUCUACGUUGCAUUUCGACACAGUUAUGCACCAUUUUUGGCUUUCCAAUUUUUGGCUAAGUUAUGUAUGUAAGCAAGUAGCUCAGUAUUCACUAAUGUAAAUAGAUUGAAACUUCACAUACUUGGCCAUUGUGAUGAUCUGACAUGCACUGUGUAUGUUCAGUAAUUCUGCUUUGCAGUUUACAAAGUCGUUUUUUUAACGAUUUUACAAAGUUGUGUCCCGUUUAACUUAAGUUUUUUUUUUGUGUGAAAAAAGUCUAUGACUCAAAUAAUUGCCAUUUUUGUACUUGUUUAUGUACAUAACUUCAUUAUUUAAACCUAGGUAUUUGGAUAGUCAGGCAUUGCUGUCCUCUGACAGCUUUAAUUUUAUAAACAUGUUUAUAGGAUAUCAUCUCAUAUGAGUGCUGAGCUUACCUUACUAUAGUUAGAUUGAGUAUACAUUAACACUGUUAGAAAAUUUACAAGUCAGAAGAGAAAUAAGUAGUUUAGAGACUUUUAAACUGUUCUUGUCAUAGUUUUUGGGCAUUAUUAUUAUACUUAACCUUUAGCCUGCUGUCUGCAAGUAAUUCUGCCUUUGCGACCAGUGCAGACCAAGAUCAGCCUGCAAAUCCGUGCAGUCUGAUCAUGGUCUGCACUGUUCGCCAUUCAGUCAGUAUCUUUUUGGUAUGCACCCCUUUUAACAGUUAAUGGUACUGUCCAAAUUGAAAGAUGAACAAGUUCAUUAUAGAAAUUUAGCUGGGUAAGGGUUAAAUAGUUUUGAAUAGCUUUUCCUGUAACUUCGUUUCAAUUUGCUUGGAGCUAAAAAGAGGCCUACUGUAAAAACUGCCAAAAAGUUCAUAUUAUUUUGCAGUACUUUAUAUAGAUUGCUAUGUCUCCCCAUAUGUUGGGAGUUAUCUUGCCGUCUGUUUCUCUGUCUAUCACGAUAGUUGUCCGAACUACAUCUUUGAAACUGUUGGUGCAGUUUCAACCAAACUUUGUUGAAAGAUUGAGAGAUUUGAUUGAAAUUUCAUAAGAUUAAUUAGAAGUAAGCCUAGAUGAAUAAUGGUGUAUACCGAUGAAGUCUCCUUCAAGUUUGAUUAUUGCUGAGACCAGAUUAAUUAGUAGGUUGAGACUAA